CAGCGACGCAGUGUGUAUAUGCGAUAUGUGAACGAGCAACUCCGUGCCUGUGGCCAGCUCUGAGGGGACCACCCUCUCAUUAGGCUGAUCCAGCAAUGCAUGCACAACGACACCCACAAACGUCCGGGCAUUCGCGAGGUGCUGCGUCUGUUGGAGGAGGCCAGAGCUGGAGCCAGAGACAACGGAUGGGAAGAGGUGCAAGCCUGUCAGAGUGAGCCCAGGAGCCAGGUUACGAGUUUGGAUAGAGAUAUGGAGUCUCGUGUGCAGGAACUACAGCAAGAAUUGCAGUCCAAGAACCAGGAGAAUGCUGAACUGCAGCAACAGCUACAGUCUAUUAACCAGAAUUUGGAGACAAGAACUCCAGUCACGUACGGAGGCCAAGGACAGGGAGCUAGCUGAGGUUCAGCAGCAACUGAGACAGAGGGAAGAGCAGAGUGGCAGGGAUAGGCGAGAGAUGAGACGAGAGAUAGAAGCAGAGUUCAGAAUGACUAUCAGAAGAGAGGAAGAAGAGGAGAGAGAACCUGUGCUCCAGAGACUGCGCAACGCCAUUUCUCUGGACGAUAUAAAAGAGAAGCUAUCCUUCAUUAAAGAUUUCAUCUCUGCUUGUCUCUGCCUGUGCUGUGAGAUGAGGUGUUACACAGAAGGACAGAAGAAGUGGAGACUGAUUUUCAUUGCACUCAACAUCCUCUACCUGAUGAUUGGGGCGACACUAAUUGGAAUAGGGUCGUGGCUCGUUACUAGGGGAUUCGACUACACUUUAGCCACGACUAUUCUAGCUUGCUCUACAUUCUCCCUGGGAUCUUCGCCGUGCUGUUAUCUCUCGUAGGGAUAAUUGGCACUCUUGGA